AUGGCAUCCUCAACGCUCUUUUCGGCGCGCUUCCUCGUCCUUAUCGCGUCCAUUCUAGUCUUGUCAGCACAAGCUUUCGCCCAAUCCACCUCCUCGACUGCAUCCCAGCCCGCCAGUACCACCGUAGCCAGCAUCUUUCCAGGAACAUCUCCAUGGUCGUAUUAUGGCUGUUGGAAUGAGACGACCCUUAUCACUGGAACAAAUGGCGCCCGAGCUCUGGGCGGCGGCGUCCAGGAGGAUUUGACUACCAUGACUGCGGAGCUCUGCAUGUCGUUUUGCAAAUCAAACUCCUACACUUUUGCUGGGAUAGAGUAUACCAGGGAAUGCUACUGCGCCAAUUAUCUCAACUCGCUCUCGAGCAAGCUCCCCGACUCGUCCUGCGACCUUGGUUGCGUGGGAAAUGGAACUCAGAUUUGCGGCGGGAACCUAGCCUUGACAAUCUACCAGCAAAAAUCGUCAACAAAGGGCGCGGGGACUAAGGUCGUGAGAGAGGCUCAUGUUGGCAGCAUUCUUGCUCUCGGAAUCGCCAUUGCCGUCUUGCUGUGCUUGGCUUGA